AUGGAUAAUCCCGAUUUGAUGGUGGGUCUGCUAAGUACACCCUGUUUGUGUUUUGUUAUGACUAGUGAAUGGCAGGAUCCCAUUAUGGAGCUGGCGGCUAGCAGUUUGACAAGUAUACGUUAUUUUAAAACCAUGUUUCUAUUGUAUCCCUUAAAGGAAGCUGCUAAAGAUGAUGAAUACAACCUGAGUUUUGUAGAUUCUAUAGAGUUUUAUGAAAACCUACGUUUGCUGUAUGAAUGGGUGUGGCAGAAACAGUUCCUGAACACUGUGUUAAUAACCAUCAACAAUAAUAUUUAUUUGUAUGAUCCAUUUCCCUCCGGAAGUUUGGUGAAUAAAACCGGCAAUUGGAGUUUGGAUGACUUCUUUAGAAACGAUAAGUUAAAUUUAAAGGGUUAUGAAAUUAAGACACCCGUGCGCUUUGAUUUGCCAGGAGUAUUUGUGCUGAGACGUUAUCCCAACAAGGGUAGGGUUAGCAAAUUAACUGGUUCGGCGGGUAAAUUGUUUGGAGCCUUUGUCAAUGAUAUAAAUGGCACCUUCAAUGACCAGCUAUUAUACGAACAUGAAUUUGAGCCUUUCAAUAUGACUUCGUUUAUAAAAAUGGUGGAGUCGGAGCAGCUGGAGAUAAGUGUACAUUCAUAUACCUCCAUGAAAAGUGAUGGCGUGGGCACCAGUUAUCCUGUAGGCAUUAAUGAUUGGUGUUUGAUGGUGCCUUUUCGUAACAGUUCGCCCGAGUAUAUGUUUCUACAAAUGAGUUUUCAGCAAACUAGCUGGUUUUUGCUUUGUUUUUCGGCUAUCUAUAUAACGUUGGGCCUGUGGCUGUGUACUCCCAGACGAGAAAGAGAUGUCAGUUUAGCAUUUUUGCAGUCCAUAUGCUCUUUGUUGCUGUUAACGCCGGUGAAAUUUAUAACGCUGCCCUUUCUUCGUUUACGUUUCUUAUUUGUUCUAUUGUUUGUGGUGGGCUUUUGCAUUAGCAAUAUGUAUUUAACCAAAAUGGCCAGUUAUUUGACAGCCUCCAGCAGCCAGGAUCAAAUUAACAAUAUGCGAGAUCUCAUAGCUGCAAAAUUGAAUAUAAUGAUAUUGGACUAUGAGUACAAUUACAUAGUGGAAAUGAAACUGAACUUUACUCCUGGAUUUAUGGAGUUACUCAUGCCUGUUUCUAAAUCUGUUAUGGACAAACAUCGUGAUUGCUUAAACACCAGCUAUGGCUAUAGUGUUGCCUCGGAUACCUGGGAUUUCCUUAACAAGCAACAGCGCUUUCUAAAGAAGCCUUUAUUUCAUCUGACCUCCAUGUGUCUGGGUCCUUUUUAUCAUGUGUUUCCUUUAAAAAAGGAUUCAUAUCUAAUGCAGCCAUUAAAGGAUUUCAUAUUGGCUGUCUCCCAAACCGGUUACAUAUUCUUUUGGGAGGAUGAGGCCUUCGAUGAUGCCUUGUUUUUGGGUUAUGUUCAAAUGUUUAAGAAUGAUCAAGGAUUUUCUGCCUUGUCCAUUAAUUUUUUCCGUUCGAUUUGUUAUGUCUGGUUGUUUGGUUUGCUGCUGGCUACAGUAACAUUUAUGUUGGAAGUUAAGCGUGUGUCUAUGGAGUUAAGGCGAAUCGAAGGCAAAUCGAAGGCCAUCGGACCAUCAACGCUGCCAGAACAUCCCAGAUCAUCUUCUGCCUUGUCAUUGCAUAUUCUACACUAG